AUGGAGCAGCGUCGACGCGAGGCGGCCAAGGAUCUGCUCAAGCACAGUCUGUUCGGCUUCCAGGCGCAUGAUGCCGUCGUUUCGGAGCGUCUUAGCGAGCUGAAGGAUCUGCUGAUGGCUACAUGCGGCGAGAAGGACCAGAUCGGACUGCUGAGUGAGAAUAUCCGCGAGAUUGAGGAGCAACUCAAGAGUCGUAGCGAGCGCUUCCUGUUGGAGUCACUGCGGCAAUUUGAGCAGGACAUGGAGCUGUUACUGGACGUGGAGAGUGGUGACGAUGCGGACGAAACGGAGGAAGACUCGGACGAUGACCAGGAGGAGAUGGAGGAGUGUUUGAAGACAGAGGACGAGGAGAUGCUCUGUGGCGUCUGCUGUGCUCCUGACUCGUUGGAGAACGAUCCCAUCGUCAUCUGCGAAGUGUGUGGCGUGGCCGUGCAUCAGACGUGCUACAGAUUGGCUGCAGUACCGGAAGAAGACUGGUUCUGCCACCCGUGUCGACAGUAUAUGGACUCGCAGGAUAUCGAGAAGAGUUUGAUCCCCACCCACGAGUUGGAGUGUGAGGCCUGCUGCUCCAAAGCAGGAGCAAUGGCGCCAACAAUUGAUGGAGGAUGGGUCCAUAUGGCCUGCUCCAUGUUCUUGCCCGAGCUGUAUGUGCAGGAGAAGCACGCGUCGAGAUUCCAGGGCCCUCUGGACGGGUUACAGGUUGUGUGUGGCAUGGACAAGCUGAAGCAACGGAGGAAACUGCGCUGUUGCUUCUGCAAGAAGAGCAAGUGGGUGGCUGGUUCUUGUGCGCAGUGUGUGGUGGGGAAGUGCACUCUCAGGGUGAUAGGCGAGGGGUGUCUAUCCUUCACUCGAUUGAUUACUAUUGUGUUUUUCUUGCUUAUGGCAGGGUCAAUUUGGCAGCGGAUGCCUCAAACACCAAGCCAAAUUCCUUGGAACCGAUGGAUCUGA